GUAAGGGGAGGAGGGAUGAGGAGGAGGGGAGGACAGAGGUUGCAACACACACACCUCUUUCAGCAAACACAUUGAAGCUAUGCUGAGUUUAACAUGGGUUUCAGUACUUUAAGUCUUCUGACAAUUUUUCUUUUUUUACCCAUCCUGACAGAUUAUGUGAUCACAGCCACGAAUAUUCGGGAGAAAUGUGAGUGCAUCAACGUGACCAACAAUGUGAGAUGGAGAGCAGUCAAAGGCUUUGAAGUGAAAGAGCCGGAGGCUCUUUGCAAUAAGGUUCAAAUAAUCAUGAGGGUGGGAAAGAAAUUGUCCUGCCUGAAUCCAGAAUCCAACCAAGGAAAAAGACUGCUCAAAUGUUGGAAGGGGAUAGGAUUUAACGAAAAGAAGAAGAAGGCCUGCUUCACACCCAAAAAAUCCAAAACUAAAAAGAAGACAAAGAAGAAGAGGCAGUAACUGUUUGGAGCCUAUAGAACAUACGCCCUAAUAAAAGGGCCAUGCUCAUAAAGAUAUAAUAAGCAAGCUAUUUGAUAUUUUAUACACUGUUUAAAGGUUCUAUAUAUAACUAUUACUCUAUAUAUAACUAUUACUUUGCUUAGUUAAAAAUGUGUCACGUCACAAAACCCUUUUUGCUUUGAAUGUAUAAUGAAAGUACUGGCACCUUUUCUGUGACUAAUAAUAUUAUACUGUUAUUUUCUUACACUGUUUAAACACAAGCUUUUGUAUUUGAUGUUUGUUUUUUUAUACAUAAUCAAAUGAAUGUAAAUUGAACGUGAACAAUUACUUCAAAUCUAAUAAGCCAAAGAAUAUAAGGAUUAAGAUAGAAGAAUAAAGCAUAAAAAACAGCAGAUGUGUUAGCUUAAGAUAAGACAAAAGUGAUAUUUAAUACCGGAACGGAAAUGGGAAUGUGCAGUCAGAAGAGAGCAUGCUGUGACAUGACCCCACCAAUGUCUAUAACCAUAAAUUAUUAAAUCAGUACACGUAGGGUUCAUACAAGAAAAGAGACUAAAUGGCUGCCGUAUGGAAUACAAAAUUACAAAGAAGCUGUGUCUUGUCUCCACAAGACAAAAGAACACCAAUCAAACUAGUCUUGUUCAGGGAUGCACAGCAGUUUAAAUCACAGUAUGAUCCUCCUAACUAAUCAUAUGCUCCACCAGCUGUGGCCCUUCAUUAGGCUACAGUCUAAUUGAGUCUUUCUCAGUGUGGUGGUGGUGCAGCUGCAGAGCUCCUUAGCCACAGCACUUAACCACACUCCACAGCUUGUGGAGAUGAUGAGUAGGUAAGCUAGCUAAAUAAGAAGGGAAACUGGAGGUUUUGCAGAAGUUAUUUAAGCUAAUGUCUACAGCAGAAACAUGCACAUAUAAAGCUAUAUAUAAACAGAGCCUGGCAAGCAAUAAUUCAGACAGUUUGGGUCUUGGGAAUUUACAUGAAUGAUAACUACAGGUUAUCUCUAAUAAAUAAGACAGGCACACUGCCAGAAAUAACUAAAAAUGUCAAGUUAGUUGUUUCAAAACUAUAAAUAUAAAUUAUAAAACAAUUUCCUAUAGACAGAUAGGUAGACGGAAGGUAGGGUAGCUAACAUGUUAGUUAACUAGCUAGGUUAGCUUUCUUAAAUCUAGAGCUGCUUAGCCACAGCACUUAACAACACUUAGCUUGUGAAGAUGAUGAGAAAGUUAGCUGGCUAAAUAAGAAGGGAAACUGGAGGCUUUCCAAAAGUUAUUUGAGCUAAUGUCUACAGCAGACUCAUGUAGCUUAUAUGCACAUGUAAAGCUCUGACUCUAACACAGCCUGACAAGCCUAAUUUUGAUUGUUUGGGUCUUGAGAAUUGACAUUAAUGAUAACUGCAGUUUAUCUCUAUUAAAUACAACAGGCAGAAUGCCAGAAAUAACAAAAUAUAUCAAGUUAGUCGCUUCAAAACUAUGAAAAUAAAUGAUAAAAGCAUUUCCUAUAACGUUAGACAGCUGUGUGCAAGACUAAAGGUAGGGUAGCUAACAUGUUAGUUAACUAACGUUAGCUAGUUAGCUUUCUUAAAUCCAGAGCUCCUUAGCCACAGCACUUAAAAACACUCAGCUAGUUGGAGAUGAUGAGUAGGUUAGCUAAUAAGAAGGGAAACUGGAGAUUUUGCAGAAGUUAUAUGAGCUAAUGUCUACAGCAGAAUCAUGUACAUGUAAAGCUAUAUAUAAACAGAUUCCUGGCAAGCAUCA